CUUUGUCAUUUUAUCUUUCAGAUUCAAUCAUGGCUGGAAAACUGGCAGGCAAAGUGGCUAUUGUGACAGCAUCGACAGAUGGAAUUGGCUUUGCCAUAGCACGACGCCUCGCCCAAGAUGGAGCAAAAGUCAUGGUCAGCAGUCGGAAACAGAAUAAUGUGGACAAUGCAGUGAAGGCCUUGAAGCAGGAGAACCUCAAUGUGGAAGGUCUUGUAUGUCAUGUGGCGAAAAAGGAAGACCGCUCCAAGUUGUUUAAUGAAACUGUCAAGAAGUUUGGAGGCAUAGAUGUUCUUGUUUCCAAUGCAGCCAGCAGCACUUACUUUGGCCCGACUUUGAAUACUCCUGAAGAUUCCUAUGACAAGAUGUUUGAUUUGAAUGUGAAGUCAUCCUUCAUGCUGUGUAAGGAGGUUGUCCCAGAAAUGGAAAAGAGAGGAGGUGGGACAAUAGUGUUGAUAUCUUCAGUUGCAGGUUAUGUACCUGGUCCGAUGAUUGGCAUCUACAGUUUGACUAAGACAGCUCUGCUGGGUUUGAACAAAGUGCUGGCUCCUGAGUUGGCUGCUCACAAUAUCAGAAUCAACUGCAUUGCUCCUGGAAUCAUCAAGACAAAGUUCAGUAAUGCUCUGACACAGAAUGAAGAUGCUCUUAACGUAGCACUUUCCACUAUUCCUUUGGGAAGGCUUGGCACACCAGAGGAGUGUUCAGGGGCUGCUUCUUUCCUAGCUUCAGACGAUUCGGCCUAUAUGACUGGAGAGACUAUAGUUGUGUCAGGGGGAAUGACAGGCAGACUUUGAUUGUUCUAUUUUAAUUAAGACCUAAUGCUGGGUCUACUUACUCCACACAGUAGACUUGUUACCUCAUGCCAUACAUGAGAAUCAUUUGGUUCUUCUUACGUUUUUGUUAAAGUUACCAGGGAUUUUUAGCAAAUGACUUCUAUUUAUAAUUAACGAGGUAUGGCACACUAUUCUUCGGAUGUUAUUGAUUUAUGUGUUUGUGUUACAUGCAUGUAGGCGGAGACUACUGUAAUGUAUUUCAGCUAUACUGGUAGUUGUUUUUUAUAGGUUGGCAAGUCUGAGGAAAACAUCAAUUCACUCUAUCUUUUUAAGAUUUUUUUAAAUUAAAAAAAAAUAAAAAAAUUUCAAAAUAAUUAAGACUAAUUCUAUUCCUGCUCUAAAGCAUGUAGGGAAGUCAAUUCAUUAUUUCUGAUUGUUUCAUAUGACAUCAUAUCGUAGGGGUAAAGAGAGAAAGAGACCUUUAAAAAAAGACAGGCUGAUUGUGUGAGAGCAAAUUUGUGUAAUCUGAAAAUCAAACUUUUCUGCAACAAAUGACUUAUAAUUCAUUAUGUUAAGAAGAAAGAAGAUAAGUCUUUUGAUGUUUUCAAUUUGCAUUAGCUCAUAUUUGUUGUUAUUAUUAUUAAGGUUCAUGCAGUGUCAUAUGAAGGGGUCUUGUUUUUCUGUCUCGUUGAUUUGAGUAGUUGUGCACAAUCAUAAUAUAUUAAUGUAUCUCUCUAUGCUAUGCACGGUAGCUUAAGAACAGAACGACAACAUGAAACAAAGAUCCUUAUAUGUAUAGAAUAGUAAAUUCUGCUUUGUUUUUUCAUUAUACCAUUUAUAUAUGAUGUAAGCCUGUACUGGUAGUACUGGAUUCCUUUGCUCAAGUGAAUGAAACCAGUCCUGCACAUGUUGUUUGUAACAUUGAUUCUUUGAUGUUAUUGAUUCUUGUGAGAAUAUUUUUUUACACAGAUGUUAUAUUUUUACUUUUCUAAGAUUAUUGAAUGCAUUUUUUUUUUUAGCAAGGAAAGCAUCUGAAGUAUAAUCUGUCCAUCAGGUAUAAUGAGUAGUUACAUGUACAAUGUCAACUUUAAAAGUGUAAAGUGUGGAGUUUGGAGUAAACAAGGCAAAAAGAAGGUGGUGGAGUCUAGACAUCUCUGAUGAACUGGAGAUGUCACUGAGAUUGGGUGCAUGGGUAGGACUUGUUGGAGAGAACUGUUGUUUUCAGAAGGGCUAGCGAGAAAGCUACUCCGUGAGAGAGCCAUGUCAUGUAACCGGAGAUGAAAGUUUCUAUAAACGAAACUCUUGGUAGAAAGGGCCAGAUAUAUCACUGUUCUGAAUAUGGACUUUGAUUUUUAGGCACUGCAAACUAAAGGCUCCCAUAUAUCGAAUCAAGGCUCCCUGACACCAGAAUGCCCUUGUGAUACCGGUGAGAGACAUUAGAGCCUAUUCAUUAGUUUUGCCUACUACUGUAAGAUCAGCUAUCUGCUCAGAAGACUCAGACUCUUCUGCAAUUAGGAGAAACUACAAAGAAGACAUUACCUUUGUUCAACACCAGUGGACCGAUGGCGUCCAAAAGUCCUUAUCAGGGAUUGCAGAAGAACGCAAAUAAUAUAAUUGACUGCUUUCCUUUUUUUUGGUUUUAAUUUCAAGCUUUACCCUCUCCUCGGUGAUUUUGUCAAUUGAGUUUUACGUGAUGUGUAUGAUCUCUGGACAUCACUAAUUAUUUUAUUUUCCGAUAAAAGCCUGUCCCCACGGUUUUAUGCAAAAAAAAUUCUAAAAUUAUGCAAACUGAGUCAAAAAUGUGAAAUUAUGGGAUUCUGUUAAUUUUAACAAAAGAAUGAUAAAGGAAAAUAAUCAGAAAUUAAGCAAAAAAUUAUCAAAUUUUGCUAAAUAAUGCAGAGUGCAUAAAACCCUGGGGACAGAAAAGCUGACAUCAUACAGAAAAAAAAAAAAAGGUUUUCAAUGUUUUGUUUUAAUGAAGGCCUACUUUGUGAGAUUUUUUACCUCAGGUUAAAUGUACGGUAUAAUGUAUCUUUCUACCAAUACAGGUAUAUGAAACAGA